AUGCAGUGCUGUCAGAGAGAGUUAGUGCCAGCCAUGUCGUACAUGUUCAACGAGCAUCCUGGCAAACAUGUCGCUGGCCCCAAUUACCAGUACUUCGAUAAAGCGGACGUCGAAAGAGCGUCAUCGAUCUUCGCCAUGUCGGUCUACCUCUUCAACUGGGUCUUCCUCGUCGAACUCUUGUUCAACCUGUACGGGAAGUGGCCACUGAACAGAUGUUCGUGUCAGUGGUUCGCAGAUGGUUGGAACGUGUUCGAUUUCAUCGUCGUGAGUCUCGGUGUCAUCGACUUGAUGGAAAUCGAUUUGCCAGGGCCACUCAAGAUGAUCCGGAUGUUGCGAGCGUUCCGCAUUUUUCGCCUCUUCGGACGUGUUCCCGCACUCAAAAAGAUUAUAAACUCAUUGUUCCACGCAGCUGGUGGUAUGUGCAAUGGCAUGAUGCUCGUGCUGGUCGUCACCUGCAUAUACUCCUCGCUCGCCGUGGACCUCUACGGCGAUCUGUACUGCCCGUCACCUGAUGAUUUCCCUGAGGACCUGAGGAUCACAAGGCGGGAGAAAUGUUUCGGGAACGAGUACUACGGCAAUUUCUUGUUGGCGAUCUACACGAUGUUCCAGAUCCUGACUGGUGAGUCGUGGUCAGAGGCUGCCGUGCGGCCGAUCGUCCACUAUCACUGUACCGCCGGCGGCCCGUUUGCUUGCAUUGGCUCUUAUUUUUUCUUUAUCAGCUUCAUAUGUAUAACCGCCGUCGUGCUCCUCAACGUGUUCGCCGUGUGCUUGCUCGACGCGUACGCGGAGGCCCCGCCGGCCGGAGUGGCGGAGGCCGCCAUCGCGGCGGACGCCGCCGACGACGACGAGGUUCAGUCCGAGAGGUCGGGGGACGAGGACAAGGAGCUGAAGCUGAUGGAACAGGAGAUCAACAAGUUCAAGGAUGACGCGUUAGCCCGGCUGAAGUUGCUGUCCGAUGCCGUCGAGAUUGUUGCCGUGAAGUUGGGGGUGUGA